UCGGCAUCGCAGCCAGACGACAUUGGGGCCAAGACGGCGGUACGGCAGUCGCCGCCGAAGUCUCACGCGGUGCGCGCCCGACAGUCGUCGAGUCAAGUCAGUCAGUCGUCAGCCCGGCUUCGCAGCGAGCGGACGUGCGCGUCUACUCCCGCUCUCUCGCCUUCGCUCUUGUCCGUCUGUCUCUCGUGCGAGCGCUUGGUGCAAGCCCGCAUUGCUACACGUAUCUCUACACGAAGAUAUUACACAUCGUAUCUCGCGCAACUGUAUCGUACACGCGCGCGCGCUACAUAUAUACGGCGUUCUCGACAUCGUCGGGCUCACGCAGUGCAACGACGCGCGACGUAUCGGAUCGCCGCUCCGACCGUCGCGAGCGCGCCGGAGUUCAAGUUCACUCGCGCCUCAAGAGGGAGGAAAGACGAAGAGGUAGCAGUUAGCAGUGGCCCAGUAGCGGCAGAGCAGCGCAGUCGAACGUUUCCUCUUUUCGGGAGUGCUUCUCGUCUCUGUCUGUCUUACUUUUUUUCGUCGUUUACUGAUAUACGACCGUGCUGCGAGCGGUCUCCUCCUCUUCCUCGUCGUCGUCGUCGUCGUCGUCGUCGUCUUCGUCUUCGUCUUCGUCGUCGAGAGUGUCGGUGGUGCGCCGAGAGAUCCGUGUUACGGGGACGACUGUUAUGUCGCUGUGACAGCCCCGCGCGCUCCCACCCGCCCGGAGGUUCGAUGAACGGAGCGUUGCCGCCGCGUGCCGCUGUUCCCGUUUCGACGACAAUCGCACCGCGAUAGUUGCAUUAUUAUUAUUAUUACGCCUGUGGAAUCUCGCGCACACCGGAUCGACCGAGGAGACGAAAAGUGGAUCGCUGUUUCAUCGUGCGCUCCGAAUCGAAGGAAUCUUUCAAGAUUGAUGUACUAAGAAGACAAAUUAUGGUGGCAGAGUUUGUCGCCCGCCAGAGUGGAUCGCCCAUCAAUGGUGAGACUGCGUGCCUGAAUAGCAACAUGCCGGCCACGCACACAAUGGCCCACAGCGGCGGUCACGGUGCACCCCACGGCGGACCCCACGACUCCCAUGGACCCCUCACAGUGUCCCUUACGCAUCCCGGCCAUCACGGUGGACCACCAGCUGCGAUCCAGCAUCAGCAUCAACCGCAGCAGCAACCGCUGCCGCCGCCGCAGCAGCAGCAGCCCCAACCGCCGCAUCAUCAUCACCAUCACCAGGCCCAACAACCGCAGCCGCAGCAGCAGCAACAGCAGCAGCAUCAGGAGCAACAACACCAUCAUCACGACGGGCAGCCAGUGAGUGAGAACUUCGGUUCUAAUUUCGAUUUACGGAAGGAGCUGUUUUCGCAGCGCAAGCAGCGCGAGUUCAUCCCCGAUAACAAGAAGGAUGACAGCUACUGGGACCGUCGCAGGCGCAACAACGAGGCGGCCAAGCGAUCGCGCGAGAAGCGCCGUUUCAACGACAUGGUUCUGGAACAGCGGGUGAUGGAGCUGAGCAAGGAGAAUCACAUUCUCAAGGCGCAGCUCGAAGCGAUACGCGACAAGUUCGGCAUCUGCGGUGAGUCUGUCAUCAGUACGGAGCACGUGCUGGCCGCGUUGCCCUCGGAGCCAACGCUCAGCGUGAAGCGCGCCAAACUGCCGACGUCGGCGGCGCUUCUUUACGCGCGCACACCCAGCCCGGUGCACACGUCGGUAAUCCAUCAGCCGGUGAACGGCGCCCGCUCGCCCAGAUCGCCGGCCCAGCUCUACGUGCCCGAGACGACCGCUUACCCGGAGACCGAGAGCUUCCAGUACCCGUACUCGCAUCCGGCGAUGCACCACCUGGACACCACGAGCGCGCUGAACCUGUCGUCGCGCGGUCGCCGGGCGCAGUCGCCGUUCGAGCUGUCGUCGGGUAGCGGCGACGAGGCCAGUGGUCCUCAGAUAGUCGUGGGCUCCCAGAACAACCCGGCCGCCAACAACAGCCUGCCCCACAAGCUCAGGCACAAGUCGCGCAUCGGCGACAAGGACGCCGCGAGCGCGCUCCUCCAGCUACAGGGCAUCAAGCAGGAACCUGGGCCGCGAGCGUCGCCGCCCUGGGACGAGGGUUCCAGCGACGAGCGUGACUCCGGGAUCUCAUUGGGUGCCGAGUGGACCGGGCCGACCGUACCCACGGUCUCGGAGAGCGACCGAGAGGUGAAGAUGAAGCUGGACCGUCUCGCGUCCGAGGUCGCAAAUCUGCAAUCGAUAUUCCGCCUUGGGAAGCCCGUCGCAACGGCGGCGGUGGCUGCGGCGGCCGACAGCCUGGUGACGGGUCACUCUGUCGCCACGGUCAGCGGACCGUGAAGGACGCGGCUGUACUCCCCCUUCUUCACUGCGGGUCAUUGCGAGUCCUCCUUCUCUCUCUCCUCUUGACCUCUUGGCCGGAUGCCGGAAUCCUUGGAAAAUUGGACAUGGAGGACAUCGUGGGAAGGACGACGGAUCCUCGAAUAAACAUUUGAUCGCGCCGAGCUGAGCAUCACAUUCGCGAUUGAUUGUAAAGGAUUUCGUUAAACGAUUUACGAUUAUUUAAAGGAUGAAAAGUGUGCAGAGAGUUUUCGCGUGCAACGGGAGCAGACCUGCAGCGAUCGCCUGUUUUCAUCCGCGAUUAGCCGAUACCUCAGUAAGAAGGACAAUCGCGAAUCUCUCUCGCGAGUAACUUGCAAUUACCGAUCACUGUCGAUCUGCUCGUUGCACGAGGGUCAUCGAUUAUAACCGUAAGAUGCGCAAUGAGACGCAACUCGCGUCCCGUUGCGACUGCGAAAGACUUUAAUCCUUCAACCCGUAGAUUACGAUUAUACCUCCCCCGGAACGCGCGAGGGUUUCUCUUCGAUGAAACUUGUAACUUAUUGUGAUACGCGAUCGAGAGACGUCGGUUUGGAAACGAAUCCGCCCUCCUCCUGGAUUCGACUACCGGUCGAAGGGUUAAAGGCGUUCUCCACUCUUGAAUCCCGAAGCAAAGUGGAGUUAGAGAAUUAAGGAGCCGAUGCGAUACCUUGUAGUACUGUAAGUUAUGUUGUAAGACUCCCGUAGGCUAAUCGUUCUUCUUAUUAUUACCAUUAUCGUUAGAGAGAAAGAGAGACAGAGAGAGAGAGCUUUGUCGAUUCGGGCAGACGUAUAUCGCGGCGAGUCGGUGAUCAGCGCGAUCGGGUGAACCGAAGCACCGCGAUCUGUAUUAAACAGAGCAUUAUUACACGCGAGAGUUACUCCCCGAUUGAUGAUUGGUCGCGCAACCGGCUAUCUCACUACCAUCGGAUAUCCAUAAUACGAUUCGUUCCCGCGUAGCGAAGCAGGGAUCACUUCUUCUUCCUCUUCUUCUUCUUUUUCUUCUUCCUUCGCGUCACCGUCAUUAUCAUCGUCCUCUCUUUCUUAUUCCGCGAUCGCAUGACGAUCUCGCGUAGUAGAGAGCUUCGAGAGGCGCAGCUUCAAUUCGCGUCCUCGAGUCACACUUAUUUAUUCGCCGAAAUCGACCGAGCCUUCGGUCAUCCUUGUACAUCCACGCGAUUGUUGUUGAACGUCGGGAACCUUCGGAAGCGACGUCUACUUUGCUCGAGAAACUUCGAAAAUUCCGUUCAUGUACGUUCAUUCCGAAUUCCCUUACUUUGUUUUUUUUUUAUUUAUUGCUUCUUUCGCGGCGUCGUGGAAGCUCCACGAGUCCUCGGGGUCGUUUCCUCUGUUCUCUUUUGUUUUUCUUCGUGCUCUCGAAAAUCCCAGGUCCAAAUCACGCCAAAUUUUUUCUCGCGACUUUUGCGCGACUGUCCGUCUUCUUCUUUUUUUUUAUACUUUUGCUAUCGAAUCCACGCUACAGCGGCGUAGCGACGAGUUAUGUCUGUAUAUAUGUAUAUGUAAUGAAAGAAAACGAAAGUGCAUCUGUGUUACAAACGCCGGACGAGAAAAGAAAAACGCUAACUCUGAUGUAUGUACAAUACAAUCGCCGCGGAAAGUCCUCUCGGAAGGCGGAAUUUAGUGCGUAUUCAAGUAUUAAGCGAGCCUAUAGGUAUAUGUAAUAUAUAUUUACAUAGCAUAUACUUGCAAGAAAUAUAUAUAUUAUAUGCAUAUAUAUAUUUUUUUCAAAUUAAUGUAUUUUUCGAUAUCCGUUGAAACGAGCUGUAAAACGCAUGGCACGACGCAUGUGCUCGAUUGUGUGUGCCGUCGCCGAUUCGAAGGUGCGAGAGAGAUUAUGUAAUUGAGGCAAGACCGGUCGGCGCGAUAUCGAAAUUGAAAUCGCCGAGGCCGUCGACCGGAACCAAAGUGUGCGAUUUUUCUCGCGGAGCGCGAGGAGAGAAAGGGUGCAGAAGGAUAAUUUAUCCGACGAUAAGUGGUGGUGGAGCGAAGUCGGCGACGUGGAGAAAGAAAACCGGCGAUACUUUUGCUGAUCAUUGUCCCCGAUCGCGAUCAAUCAUUCGUUUCUACCACAUGUGAUAAGCUAUAGAGCGACAAAGAGGCGCGGAUCGACGUUAACCCGAGAGCAACCGUAAUAGCGAAGAGGCAUCUCUAUUUAUUGUAUACUAAUCGCCUAUGUUAUAUACGGCGGAGAGCGUGCGACGACGAGGACGAAACUGGAGCUCGAUCGCGCUCUACGGAAAGAAUUUUUACUUACAAUUUAUUCUCAAAAUUGUCAGUCGUGGAACAUCACGGUCUUUGAAAAAUUUUAAUAACAUUCGUAUCCUUGUUGCUGUGCAAAAUAAUAAAA